AAAGUGUCUGGCAAAAAUCUGGUGGUCAAUUAGUCCGAUAGGGAGGCGUUUUCCUGAAAAAAUCUUGCUCGUUUUGCUCGCUGUAGAUGCAAAAUUUCCAAAAUUAGAAGUGAUGACCUUUUUGCAAGACAGUGGAUCGGAAAUCUGGCAAAAAUCUGGCACAUUGCCAAAUAUCUGGGAGAUUUGGAGCUUUGUCUGUUUGUCUGGCGCGCAUUCAAAAAUCUGGCAAAAUCCAGAUUUAUCUGGCAUACUGGCAACCGUGGUCAUAAUUCUUAUCCUCCCCGGCUAUCAUUCCCGCAAAUCGCACGUUCUGUACGUUCACGUUCAGCAGGCUUUGAGUAAACAUCACACUUUCCAUUUUUUUUUCGUCGUAGUAACCUCUGGAUAAGUAUCCGACCAUCUCGUCCGUAGUUCUCUGUGUAGUGCUUCCUUUUCAGUAAAGAAACCAGCCCGACUGUGCUGCUAAGUAGGCGUCCAAAUUAUAUAAGUAGAAUCCCUCUUGGAAAUCGACGAAGUGCAAAAGUACGAUGCUUCUGAACCGCAAUAAAGUAGGAGGUUUUCGACCGGCCAAAAUAUCGAAAUUGGACAGCAUGGACGCACCGGCUACCUCGGAUGUUGUUAUCAUCAAUGGGAACUCGCACCCGGAUCUGGCGAACCAAAUUGCCAACCGCUUGGGAGUGAAAAAUGGUGGUUGUUCAGUCUACCAUAAAACGAAUCGAGAAACCAUGGUCGAGAUUGGCGACUCCGUUCGUGGCAAGGAUAUCUAUAUCAUUCAAACCGGAACUAAAGAUGUCAACAACAACAUAAUGGAACUGCUGAUCAUGGCGUACGCCUGCAAAACCUCGUCGGCUAAGUCCAUCGUCGGUGUGAUUCCGUACCUUCCGUAUUCGAAGCAGUGCAAAAUGCGCAAACGGGGUUGCAUCGUCUCGAAGCUGCUGGCCCGAAUGAUGUGCACCUCGGGGCUAACGCACAUCAUCACGAUGGAUCUGCACCAGAAGGAAAUACAAGGUUUCUUCGACUGCCCGGUGGACAACCUGCGGGCUUCCCCCUUCCUGUUGCAGUACAUUCAGGAAAGUAUUCCCGACUAUCGCAACUCGGUAAUCGUCGCGCGUAACCCGGGCUCCGCCAAGAAGGCAACGUCGUACGCUGAGCGUUUGCGGCUGGGAAUCGCCGUUAUCCACGGAGAACAGAAGGAAUCCGAAACGGACGAGGUUGAUGGACGAAAUUCGCCCCCAACACUGCCCAAAUCUCGCACGAUGGACGUUUCCGGUGGUGUACCGGUACAUCCAGCUAAGGAGAAACCACCGAUAAAUGUGGUUGGAGAUGUAGGCGGGCGAAUUGCGAUCAUGGUGGAUGAUUUGAUCGAUGACGUCCAAUCGUUCGUUGCGGCUGCUGAGGUGUUGAAGGAGAGAGGAGCCUACAAGAUCUAUGUUAUGGCUACGCAUGGACUGCUCAGUCAGGAUGCUCCCAGGUUGAUCGAAGAUUCUCCAAUCGAUGAGGUCGUCGUUACCAAUACGGUUCCACACGAGAUCCAAAAAAUGCAGUGCCACAAAAUUAAAACCGUCGAUAUCAGUGUCCUGCUGGCGGAAGCCAUCCGUCGCAUUCACAACAAAGAGUCUAUGUCGUACCUGUUUAAGAAUGUUACGCUGGAGGAUUAAUGACGUCGGCGAUAUCAAUGGGCCUCACCUUCCUACGAAGCUAAACAAGCUUGGAAUAUAUCACUGCUGCUUUGCUAAAUCGUCCGACAGGAUAAAAUACUUUCUUGCAUUCUUUGUGAAUCCAGUAUUUGUAAAGGAUUGUUUUGGUAAUCCCUAUACACGAAACAUCGGAACCAUUUAGUAUCUCACUGUCACUAUUAUUUUACUAAAGUCAUUUAAAAAUGUUUUUCGUUUUCAAUACCAUCAAUAUUUCCAACAGUAUGAAAUUUGUUAUUUCCGUUCAACAAACACAACAAACAACGGAACUGCAUGGCUAGAAAGUUUAUACAUGUCCAAAAUUUUAUAAAUUUUAGCUUAGGCAUAUGUAAUAAACAUGUACGAAA